AUGAUGACGAUACAGACUGCCUUUGACCCGGAUUUAUUUGAGCCAACGACAAAUUUCGUUGGCUCCCAGAAAUCAGAUGCUGCGUUUAGUGAAAAUUCAGAAUUAGUGACCUUGCAACAGGUAAAUGAAAUCACCGAUAUGGAAAAUUCAUCUACCACUUGCUACAGUCUAUACCAAGACAGCAUGGAAGAAUUCUGCGAUUACAGCGUCUGUGGAACAUAUGUGUAA